AUGGCCAUGUCUGUGCGGAAGAUGUCGGGCGAAGAGGUGGCCAGCCUGGAUGCAGCGGAGUUAGCUGCCCUUGUGGAAAGUUACGGCGACUCGGUUUUGGGCUUGAAAAGGUACCUUCGUCACCGCCUGGGCGUGCCACGCUUUCGGCAGCAGCUCACCGCGCAGUUCGAGUCGGAGCCUCUCCUCGACGAUCGGAAGCUCACGUCCUACCGGGCGAGGGCCGAGCUUUCCGUGGUGAUCCUCAACUGGUCCAUGGCGACGCAGGAGGAGCUUGCCCAGCUUCGCACGGCUUCAUUGGAGGGAGCUGCUGCAGAGUUGGAGACGCUCCUGCAACGGCCGAUGAACCCGGAUGUCGUGGUGGAUCGAAUGGAAAGGCCGCCUUUGUGGGUGGCAAGUGCUCGAGGGCAUUUGGACAAUGCCCGCCUCUUGCUCGAGGCCAUGGCAAACGUCAACAGGGCAGACAGGAAGGGCAUGGCACCCCUUUGGAUUGCAUCUUACUGGGGUCACAGCAGCCUCGUUGAGCUUCUCCUGGAGGCGAGAUGUGAAGUGGACAGCACCGACACGCGUGGUGGAUCUUCUCCGCUCUGGGUGUCCUGCAGGAACUGCUGCGAAGGCGUCGUGAAGCUACUGGUGCAAGCCUCUGCAGGACUGAACAAGACCAACAUCGACCGGCAGUCUCCAGUAUGGAUCGCUGCAGCCACUGGCCACCCAGCAAUCCUGCGGCUCUUGCUGGGAGCCCGAGCCGACCUUGCCAUCCCAGAUCGAGUUGGAAGAUCUGCCUUGUGGAUUGCCGUAGCCAACAGCCACCUGGACCCACAGCCUCUGGAUGUGCUGAAGGCAGAGGUCAACGCCGUCGAAGGGGUCCGUGUCUCCGUCGUGCGCACCCUACUUGAUGCUAGAGCCGAGAUCGACUGUGACGAUGCGGGAGAGUCGGUCCUUUCUGUGGCGGCAAAGCUGGGAAAUGCACAGAUCAUGCAGCUCCUGCUGGAGUCGACUCCGCCUGACAGCGGCGUUGCAGCACAUUGCCUUUCCCAGCCUGCAUGGAAGGCUUCCGCAGAGGGUCACGAUGACAUCGUCCGAAUGCUGCUCAAGGCAGGUGCGGACAAGAAUUGGGCCAACGGCCAAGGCGAGUCCUUGCUGUGGAGCGCCGCAAAGAAGGGCUUCACACGGGUCGCGCAGGUGCUGCUGCACGCAGGCAG